UUCACACCGUCAACAUGAAGCUUACGCUACUCAUCUGCCUGGUCGUCGUGGCCGCCGCCGCCCCAGAUAAAAAUGCCCAAACAGUGCUGGACGAGCGAAAUGACUCCGGAGACGGGAACUUCCACUACAACUUCCAAACCAGUAACGGAAUCUCCUCCCAGAAGAUUGGAAACCCGGGCUCCGAGGGCCAGAGCAACUUUCAGGGCUCCUUCAGAUUCAGCCUCCCCGACGGUAAUGUCGCUGAAUUGACAUACGUCGCCAACGAGUACGGGUACCAGCCCGUGUCCAACCUCCUGCCCACGCCCCACCCCCUCCCCGAUCACGUGUACGAACUCCUCCGCAUCGCCGAAGAGCAGCGCCGUAAGGGCAUCACGUUCGAUAAAUAAGUACGAAGGUCGACUUACUCCGCAACCUCUCUGUAAUUUACUGACCUUGUUCAUAUAUAGCGACUUCGGGACGGCAGCUGCUGGAAUGUCCUGCUGCUGGAGAAGAAAGAAUUAGAGCUGUCACCAUCCAAUCAUUCAUUUACAAGACAAGGAAUGGAACUAGAUUCUUUCCAACAGUUAUUAUACUUUAUGUUAACAGGUAAGAACUGUACGCAUAAGGAUCGGACAGAUAAUUACUAAAUCUGAAACUUGAAUAAUCUUCAGAGUGCUCUUCGCUCUAGCUUUCACUUUGCAUAAGUCAAGAAAUGAAUCCAAGAUCUUAUGUUAUCAGAUUUAAAGAUAAUUAAAUAUAAAUUAAGAGAUUA